CAGCUCGUUCCCCGUGGCCCCGGCCCCUCCCCGGGGUUCCGUUACCUUGCGGCCUGUGCUCAGUGCGCGGCUCGGCGUGCGGCCUCCAUUUCUGCACCCGGCUGCAUUCUGGGAGUCUGACCUCACUACUCGCCGACAUGGGAGCCGUCACGGACGAUGAAGUUAUCCGCAAGCGGCUUUUGAUUGACGGAGACGGCGCCGGAGACGACCGAAGAAUUAACCUGAUGGUAAAAAGCUUCCUGAAAUGGUGCAAUUCGGGAUCCCAGGAAGAUGGGUACGCUCAGUACCAGCGCAUGCUCAGCACGUUGUCGCAGUGUGAAUUUUCCAUGGGGAAGACUCUUCUGGUGCACGAUAUGAACCUGCGCGAGAUGGACAACUACGAGAAAAUAUACACCGACAUAGAGAAAAACAUCGCUGCGGCGCACGAAAAAAUUUCUGAGUGCAAAAAGCAGAUCCUGCAGGCCAAGCGCAUCAGAAAGAAUCGCCAAGAGUAUGAUGCGUUGGCGAAAGUGAUAGAGCAUCACCCGGACAGGCAUGAAACAUUACAACAACUCGAUGCUCUGGGGAAGGAGCUGCAGCAGCUGUCUCACAUGAAAGAAAGCGUUGAAGAUAAGCUGGAAUUGAGAAGAAAGCAGUUUCAUGUCCUACUUAGUACCAUUCAUGAGCUUCAACAAACCUUGGAAAAGGAUGAAAAAUGCGCAGAUGAGUCUCAGGAUUCACGGAUGGACACGCAGCCCCAGUAGAAGAAGGCUUAGUCCAACUCCAGUUUUAUCAUUUAUGGUUCAUGGUUCCAGCUUAACGCCCCCAAAAAUCACUUUUAUUUUGGAUAUGGAUCUCCUGCAUUUAACCCUUAGUAGUGUGUAUUUUCCAUAACACGUCCUGUCUAAGAAUGUUUCGUAUGAAAUGAUACUUGAAUUUCACUUUUUAGUCCUUAAAACAUGUUUUAUAUCAUUUACAAUAAAAUCUGAUGUGGGAAAAAAA